GGUCACAGUGCGGCUCAUUUGCAUGCCUCGCCAUAUAAACCCUCCCGCAGACACUGCAGCCCGCUUGCGCUGACAGAGCAGCACACCUCCAGUAGUGAGUGAGUGAGUGAGGGAGCGGAGCGCAUCCUGAGUGCGCAUAAUCAGACAUAUGGAAUAUUUAUCACGGGCUUUGUUCUGACCAACAACCCAGGAGAGUGGACUGAAGGGAGAGGAGGACACUUUUUUAUUAUUAUUAUUAUUAUUAUUAUUAUUAUUAGACCAGGUGCGUUUUUGUUUGAACUCCUAAGUUAGACUCAGUGAGGACAGUUUUGCUGAAUUUCAGAAUAUCAAGAUGGGAGAAAGAGGGUGGAACGGGCUGCUGGUGUUUACGUGCGCCUCCGUCCUGGUCUUGGCUGCUUUUACGCAAGGAAAAACGAUGAAAUAUCAGACGUUUGAGGAGGACGCGCCGGGGACAGUGAUUGGAAACUUAGCCAAGGACGUUUACUCUACUUCGCCCUUAUCGGGAGGCUCCAGGAACAGUUUCAGGAUGAUGAAACAGUUCAACUCCUCUUUCAUCCGUCUCAGGGAGAGCGACGGGCAGCUGACGAUAGGCGAGAGGGUGGACAGGGAGCGGAUCUGCAAACACAUCCUGCACUGUCUCAUCGCCUUCGACGUGGUCAGCUUCUCCAAAGAGCAGUUCAAGCUCAUCCACGUAGAGGUGGAGGUCAAGGACAUCAACGACAACUCCCCCGAGUUCCCCCGAAAAGAGUCGAGUCUGGAGAUCUCCGAGAACACGGCGGUCGGCACCCGCAUCCCGCUGGACUUCGCCGUGGACGAGGACGUCGGGGUGAACUACAUCCAGAGCUACCAGAUCUCCGUCAACAGUCACUUUUCCAUCGAUGUGCUCAGCAGGGCCGACGGGGUUAAAUAUGCGGAGCUGGUGCUCAUGAAGGAGCUGGACAGGGAGACGCAAGCCUCUUACGCGCUGGAGCUGGUCGCCAUGGACGGCGGCAACCCGUCCCGCAGCGGGACGACGCGCAUAAAUGUCAAGGUGAAAGACUACAACGACAACAGCCCGGUGUUCGACAGGAGCAGCUUCUCCGUGGACCUGCCCGAGGACGCGCCGGUGGGCUCCCUGCUGCUGGACCUGAACGCCGAGGACCCGGACGAAGGGCUGAACGGUGAGGUGGUUUACGGGUUCGGAAACCAGGUGCCCUCCGAGAUACGGCAACUCUUCAGGGUGGACAGGAAGACCGGGCGGCUCACUCUGGAGAGCCCAGUUGACUUUGAGAGCAAGAACACGUACGAGUUUGAUGUCCAGGCCACCGACCUGGGUCCGAACCCGAGCCCGGCCAUUUGUAAAAUCGUAGUUCAGGUGCAGGACGUGAACGACAACGCGCCGGAGAUCUCCAUCACCCCGAUGACCUCUAUCACAGCGGGGAUAGCGUACAUCACAGAGGCUGCGGCCAGAGAGAGCUUCGUGGCUCUGGUCAGCACCUCGGACAGAGACUCUGGCGCAAACGGGCAGGUGCACUGCACGCUUUACGGACACGACCACUUCAGACUGCAGCAGGCGUACGAGGACAGCUUCAUGAUAGUGAGCACCAGCCCGCUGGACCGGGAGAAGAUCCCCGAAUACAACUUAACGGUGGUGGCGGAGGAUCUGGGCUCCCCUCCUUUCAGGACCAUCACACAGUACACCAUCAGACUGACGGAUGAGAACGACAACGCGCCGGUGUUCAGCAAGCCCGUGUACGAAGUGGCGGUGGUGGAGAACAAUGCACCCGGCGCCUACAUCACCACAGUGGUGGCGCGGGACAUGGACAUGGGGUCAAACGGGAAGGUCACUUACAAACUAGCGGACACCUAUUUCAUGGGCUCCCCGAUCUCCACCUUCGUGUCUCUGGAUCCCGCCAGCGGCUCUCUUUACGCCCUCAGGAGCUUCAAUUACGAGGUGAUGAAGCAGCUGGAGCUCCGAAUUACAGCCAGCGACGGCGGCUCCCCGCCUCUGUCCGGCAGCGCCAGCGUCUACGUCCGGAUCAUCGACCAGAACGACAACGCGCCGCUCAUCUUACAGCCGCCGCUCAACAACGGCUCGGCUGAGGUCCUUCUGCCCCGGGACGCGCCCACGGGCUACAUCGUGACCCGAGUGGAGGCGCGGGACGCUGACGAGGGCAUGAACUCGGAGCUGUCGUACGGGCUCGCCACCGGGGAGCCCUCCGUGUUCUCCGUCAACAAAGUCACGGGGGAUAUCUACCUGAACCAGGUGCUCAGCCACGACGUGGACGAGACCCUGAGCGUGACCGUGACGGUGAGCGAUAACGGGAGGCCCGCGCUCACCUCCACCGCCACGCUCCACUUCCUCAUCAUCGCGGGCUCCCCGCCGAGCGACAGGACGGUGUACCAGGCGGGCGGCGGGGACGAGGCGCGCGCGCAGUGGGACCUGUCGGUGGUGAUCAUCGUCGUGCUCGCGGGAAGCUGCACGCUCCUGCUGCUCGCCAUCAUCCUCAUCGCGACCACCUGCAACCGGCGCCGGCGGGACAAAAGCGGGGAGGACAGCGACUCCUACGGGGAGAAGGGCACGCUGGAGCGGGGCAGGAACCACGCGGGGGACAACCCGCUUCUGCCCCUCCACGGAGCUGCGGGGGGAGGAGUAGGAGCGGGUGCAGGAGGAGGAGGGGGAGCGGAGGUCUUUGACGGACACUCGUACAGCAGCCAGCCCGGUGCUUUCACUCCGGCUCACCCCGGGGGCAGCGACAUGUGCUCGGCCUCUGAGGACGGCAGCGAGGUGCCCUGUGUGUAUGACUCAGACAACAACAGCAAACUCCGAGGGAAUAAACACGAGGGAUACUCCACUCUGCCUGGCUAUGGGAACGGUAAAGAGGCGGUGAGGCCCAUCACCAUCUGGAAGGGCAACUCUUACACCACCAUCUCUGCCCGGGACCCCGCCUUCAGUGGAAAAGACAGUGGCAAGGGGGAUAGUGACUUCAAUGACAGUGACAGUGAUGUCAGCGGAGACACUGGCCUGAAGAAGGAUGGGGCCAUGGUUCCUUCCAUGGGGGGCCAAAACGCUCUGUGGGCAUGCACCAGUGAGUGUAAAGUCCUGGGCCACUCGGACCGAUGCUGGAGCCCCACGGCCACCAGAGCCAACGCGGCCCCCUCUCCGGCCCCAACCCUCUCCUCCUUCAGCAGCCUGCCCAAGACGGCCUCGCUGCCCCGGGACCCCAACCGCAGGGACAACUACUACCAGGCCCACAUCCCCAAAACGGUGGGGCUGCAGAGCGUCUAUGAGAAGGUCCUACACAGCGAAUACGACUACGUCCUGGUCACCCCGCCCAGACCAGUGAGGGUGCAGGAGAUCAGCGAAGUCGCCAUCCCCGUUUACACGCCGACUCCGACGCACUGCCCCAACAACGACGUCUAGGGCAGAGCGCCACAAAAAACUCUCACGCUCUCGAUGAAAUGCACAGACUUUCCAGAGUUUUAAUUUAUGAUGCUUUGAAGCUGAGACAGAUGUGGCUGUCUUGCUGAGUGAGCUCACAGAAUCCAGUCCUGGCAUACAGAGCCGGUCCAAGACUGAAUGGGGCCCAGAGCAGAAUCUGAUUUGGGGUCCUCAUCAGCUGGCAUCAUUCAAAUAUUUUAUAUCAAUCAUGUUCAAAAGUUAACGCAUCAUUCAUAUAACAGAAACGUUACCAUGAUUGUAUAGCAUAAACUGUAAAAACCAUAUAAAUACUAAAUGAUUUCAAAUAGGAUGUAUAAUAUGAUCACAAGUUUUAUUUUGCACAAUAAACUGCAGAUGUAUCACUUGAACAAGAAAAAAAAAUCUAAAAUUUGACUUGUGUAACAGUUGUAGAGCUCUUUGCUGCCCCUUGUUCCCUCUGGAGGCCCUGAGCAGCUAUUCAGUUUUCUUAUGCCUUGGGUCGGCUCUUGGGUAUGUCUGUCUCUGUGCCGAGAGCCGCCUCUGAGGUCCAGUCAAUCACUUUGGGGCAUUUGUUGGACAUGAAGUGUAUCAUAUGCAAGACUUGUACAUGGAGAGAUUUUUAUUUUUAUA